AUGAAAUCUGAAUUAUUAGGAGAUAAUGAACGAAUUUUUAAAUUUUUUGAGGUAUGUUAUUUAAAAAUUGCAGCCUUUAAUGAUAUUAUUUUAGAUGAAUUAAGAGAAUUUAGAAAUGAAUUUUCUAAAUUUAAAAAACUUCAUGAAUCAUCUAUUAAAGAAAGUACAUCUAAGGCUACUAGAAAUGUUAAUGCUAAUAAUAAAAACAGUGGUAGAAAAACGAAUGGAACAGGAGAUUUAGAUUCCAACAGUACUAUUGAUUUUAAAAGAUUAAUAGUUUUUUUAAUUAUUUCACUGAUAAUUAUUAUUUUAAUAAUUAUUGUGUUUAAGAAUUAUUCUUCAAGUGAAAGAUCAGUUAUUAAGAAAUAA